AUGCCUGACAUGGCAAACAGGACUGAUAUUCUUGAAGGGCCCGAGCUUCAACUUGCAAGGGAGAAAGAAGGAAGUUUAUUGGGAAUCGCCAGGAUCAGCCUUGAGCACCUGAGGUUCGAGGAGAAUGAUGGGAUUGGAACCCGCAGCGUCGCAAGCGAUGCAGGAAAGAAGCAGGUGAAGCGCCUGCUGGCCCGAUUCAAAAGGGACCGGUGUCGUCGACUCAAUCCCGACUACUGGAUUGAAGCUGUCAUAUCACCUGAUACACUCCGGCAAAUUUUGAACUACAAUUCUCUUGAGAGCCUGCAGCCUGGUACUUUUCCCUUCCUCGAAUUACGGCCUGAGUGGACUGUUCUGUGCCUACAAGGGCGCAUACGCGCCGCUGCGGCAGCUGAGUGGCUAGAGCCCGAUGACAGAUGGUGGAUAAUUAAAUUCUAUGAUUCGACACGCCUCUCCAACGAAACGCAAAGAAGUCUUCGAGAAUUCCACGAUGUAUCAGAGGAAUUGACCAGCGGGGAAAUAUAUCGAAACAUACUGCAUUAUAGCCACAUGCCGAACCCUAACGCAGUUGGAGAAUGGAAAACUCGAGGCACGGAAGGCUUCCAGCGAGAUCUUAAGCAACUGCAGAAGAGCGCUAUUGAUCGCCCUCUUCGCGAGGCUUUGGAAGAGCUAAAAUUCUUCCCAGGGCUGUGGUCAACCUACCUUAACCUGCAUCGGCUGCUCCCAAUGCGUGUUCCGGAAGAGUUAGCGAACUAUCUCAAGCACAUCAAAGCUGUGAUGACCAUAAUCACAAAUGGCAGGCCAGAGAUACUGGACGCCCAGACUGUUACGCAACUCGAGGGGCGUUCUCCAUUCUGGUCAAGAGCAGACGCUAACCACAUUGAUAUGGUUUUCGAUGAGGGUCUCGUAUUUCCAGACGUCAUUUCUACACCUGAAUAUGAAAUACUCCGCGAGAGAGUCAAAAGUAUUAGGUGCAUCAUUCCAUCACUUCGCACUUUCCAUGAAGACUGUAAAUACCUAGAGCCCAUGGUGAAACUGGUGAGGAGGUUACUGUCGCCAAAAUGGAAAGGCACGGUGAAGCAUGGUAUGAAGCGGCGAUAUUCUCCCCCAGCCGGCGACAGUUUUCCAAUCCAGACUACAGUGGGUUACCGAUCUGAGCGCCGACAAGCUCCAGGCUAUGGAUUUUGGUCCGCCUACCGGCAGGUAUUCCUCGCCUCAAUGCGUGAAUUUUUUGGGUUAGUCCCAAACUUUAAACCCUUGAAAAUGCACAAGGUCCCUAUGCACAUGCAGCAACCGGAAGCCAGUGUUCUCUGGACCCGGUUCAGAGAGGUGGUCAGCACUGUCGGGUUCAGUGUCCCACGCAUUGACCAUGGUGCGCAUCUGGUCCCAAUCAAUUGGGGUGGAGAUAACCGCGGCCAAUACCCUGCCCCGUCUCUGACCAAUAAUCAUCAUGCCGAUUGGCGCUUGUCUUCUCGGUGUGGAAUGACGGAUGGGACCUCCUUUUUUAUGGAUAAGGAGUAUUUAUUCCUUGACAAUAUAUAUUCUACUCCUAGAGACGAACCACAGGACGACCUUACAUCUUUUGCAGUAAAAAGAGACAUGUUUAUCGCCUUCUUCCCUCCUUUUGAGGAGGAGUACAUGACAAGCCACGCACAGCCUCAUUUCAACUUGCGGAUUCCCAGGAAUCCCCAGACAAGUAGUGGUGAACAGCCAUCUGUGGGUAGUUCCUUAUCAAGCUUGGUCCCUAGAACAAGAGAAACCCGGCCAGAAGACGCAGGGAUGGAAGGUACAACCACAGCACCGCUGCUGCCUUUGGGCCCACAGACAGAGACUGGAAUCUUGCCGGAUGCCCCCUCGAGCUUGCACGCCAGGACAGAAAGAUUACAGCUGCCUAACACACAGGACACUGGAAUCUUGCUGGAUGCACCCAGCUUGCACGCCAGAACAGAAAGAUUACAGCUGCCUAACACACAGGACACUGGAAUCUUGCCGGAUGCCCCCUCGAGCUUGCAUGCCAGGACAGAAAGCUUACAGCUGCCUAACACACAGGACACUGGAAUCUUGCCGGAUGCCCCCUCGAGCUUGCAUGCCAGGACAGAAAGCUUACAGCUGCCUAACACACAGGACACUGGAAUCUUGCUGGAUGCACCCAGCUUGCACGCCAGAACAGAAAGAUUACAGCUGCCUAACACACAGGACACUGGAAUCUUGCUGGAUGCCCCCUCGAGCUUGCACGCCAGGACAGAAAGCUUACAGCUGCCUAACACACAGGACACUGGAAUCUUGCUGGAUGCACCCAGCUUGCACGCCAGAACAGAAAGAUUACAGCUGGCUAGCACAGAGAAUGCUCACCCCACCCCUCAGCAGAAUCCAAUCUCAGAAACAACCGCUGUACUCCAACUCAGUCCCAGCGCAAUGGCAGGAAGCACACAAGCUUCUACACCAGCUAUCAUUGAACAGUCCUCUUACAAAUGCGCUGUUCAACUCAAUGCUUCAAAUCUAAAUGGAUUUGUAACGGCAUUCCAAAGGCAAGACCCAAGACAAUAUGGGUGCAUUCUCGAUCUCACAACACUCCAAGCCCAAUGCAUAAUGCACCAGAGUACCGAGACUAUUAACCUGACAGUAGGGCCACUUCUGGAUCAGGAGAUGACUUGGUUUGCUUCGGUAAGAUCUUGUCUUUCCAUAAUACCGAAGACUCAUCUCCCAGAUGCUCUUCGCGCGGGGGAGUUAGUUGCAAUGGGGCAUAUCCGAACACAACCAUUUUGCCAGGAUAUCAUCUCGCCUCAACUUUCCGACUUUACUUCAUAUUUGCCGGUUUUUAAGGAUGGUAGUUGGGAGUUGCAGCGGCACGAAUGUGAGGUUGAAUUAUAA